CUACUCGUUCGGUGGAGGAAGGACGACCACUUGGGCUCUCUCUCUGAGUUGCACUCCAUUUGAUUUCUGUUUCACGUUCUUCAUGUGUUAGCUUGUGAAUUUUCGAAGCCCAGAUUCGGAUAAUCCGGCUCCAUGAAGAUUUUCCUGUUAUUAACACUAUCUCUGUGUGCGGUGCAGUGUUCAGAUGUCCUGAUAAAGGUUAUCCAAGAGGCUCACAUUGGUAACUGUAAGUUAGGCUGCAAUCAGUGCCCUCAGGAUGGCAACACUGGCAACAACACUCUCGCACUGGCUCAGGCCAAGCUGACGAAGCUGAAGGUGGAGCAGAAGGAACUCGAGGAAGACGUCUCCGAAGCAGAAACAGCGGAAAGUUCAGUCAACAGCGCCGGGAACGCCACCGAAGACCUCACCAAUGCUGUUCAAGGGACCGGCAGGCGGCGCCGCCGGAAGAGGGCCUCGGAUACUGUCUCUCUGACGUCGUGCGAGGAUCCUUCCGCUAAGCUCGAAGGAGAAGUGGGCACAGUCAUCCUGAAGGUCAUGGCCGGCAUCAAGAAGAGUUUGGAAGCAAUUUCGGAAAAUAACCUCAAUAUAACCACUCUGAACUGCUACAUUGUCUUGGCUGUUGAUCUCACCAACCGCCUCAAAACUGGGACCUUGAAUAAGCCAAGUGACGUAUCUGCUAUAGUAACUUUCUCUGUUACUGUGCAGAUUUCAGUGACGACAACCAGAACAACAGUGGUCGUAAUCGUAACAAAGAGAAAAGAGGCUCUCGUGGAGAAAAAGCAAGAAGUCGCAGCAGCGAAGAAAGAGGUCGUUGAUGCUGGUGGCACCGUUGAGGGUGGGUGAUGUGGUACCGAGCAGCCUAACAUCGGUCUAAUUGAGAAUGAAAUUUAGGAUUAAAGGAAACCAGUUUCUUUUAGUUGAACGCCAAGCUUUUAUAGGAAAAUGCGAAUGAUUACUUAUUGGAAGAAGUUAGAGUUCGGUCAGCGUGGAGUAAGAAAAGAAAAUAGAAAUAACUAAAUAGGAAUUAUGAAAUGGGCAGCAAACAUUUCAGUACUAAGACUAGAAUUAGGCCUCAUACCAUGUUACAAAGCUACUAGUUUCAGCCCUAUAGAAUGAAGGAACAGAGAACAACCUAGUUAUUUUGAUUCAUUUUUUGGGUUAUAUGCUGUUGUACAUAGAAUGAUAUAGCAUCUUGAAGCAAAAUAUAGGAAAAUUAUAUCAGAUUAUUAUUCUUUAUAUUUGAAUUUAAUCACCAAUUGGGAAAUUCUCAGAUUGUAGAUACUGUUCAGUCAUUCGUUCACUCCUUUCGCUACCAAGUUAUAGAAUUCUUUAUCGCUUCUGGUUUCCUUAAUUCAUGAGCUUUUUUCCCAUUAUAGGCAAGAUCAUGUUCCAGAUAUCAUGCUUCGUUCAUUUAAUAAGGCUUAUACAGAUCAGACCUAUUCCAAAGGUUGUCAACUGAAAUGAAGAUUAGUUCUACACUAGUGAUCAUUAUUUAUUAUGCAAAAUUAGUGAACAAAGACUUGGCCUACUUUGGGCAAUUUUUACUAUUACAGUGAAAUACCGGUUAAUCUAAUCUUGAGGUUUAAUAGUUUUUUGCAUCAAACAGGGCACAAAAAAUGAAUAGUCAUCUUUUAGAGAACAUUGAUCAUUCAUGUUAUGUUAACUAUAAAAUUAAUAAUUGGCUGGAUUUUACUGCUCAACCAAACAUAGAAAAAAUUAUUCUUAUCUCAUAUUACAUUCUUAUCCAAAGGUAAUUUAACCGAUUAAGGAAUUCACAUAAUUUAUCUUUGCUUACAUGUUCGUAACUCAGUCUUUCUCAGGAAAGGUCGAAUUCUACUAGAGUGUUUUACAAUUUUUCACUGAAUGAACUCUGGAAGAGGUGGAUUAUUUUGACCGAUUUGAAUGACUUCCUUAUUCAGUGUUGGAACUUUCAGUGAAGGUGUUGGUUCCUCACUGACGCAGAUGACACGAAAUUUCAAUUUGUACCCAAUAGUAUAUAGAUUAUAAGUUAUCCUUUUAAACUGACUAGUCGAUAUAUUCAUGAGGUAUUUUUGACAGGUAUUGCAUUCCUUUUGAUCACGUUCAUCAUUCCUUUACUUUGCAGUUCAGUUAAUUUGUGCGACUGAGAACAUCUUGAGAGCAUUUGUUGUGUGUGGUUAAGCCCUAUUCAGGGCACCUUACCGCAGAUGAAUUCUGGAUGAACUGCCUCGACAAAACUGAUGAUAAAUUAUUUUUCAUUUGCUAAAGGAACUUUAACUUAGUUUUUAAAAUUACUGCAAAAUUAGGGAGGCAUUUCUUUUCUUGGACUUGAUCAGUUGUAAUAAUAAGUUACACUAGUCAGCUAGUCAUAAAUGAGGUUAACUGAAGUAGCUCUACUGAAGGAGACCUUCCUGGUACAUUGAAUCACUUCACACUCAGGAUCAAUUGCAGCUGCAUUUGUGAAAGGUAUGUACACGCUCCACGUCCGUUUUAUCAUACAGAUCUCCAGAUCAUGAAGCGAUUUAGUAAUCUAACAGUAAGUGGUCGAGAAUUUGAUGAAAAAACGGACACUAGUUAAGCAAUGUACGUUGCCAAUAGACAAGGUAUUGCUCAACCAAUGAUUUAAUUGUUUCAAGCCCGCCUUUGCGGAGGUGCACAGUUAAAACAACCGAGCAAUACUUUCUCUUCAAGUGGAACAUCUUUUGCUUCAUUGGGAAAUUGAUCAAAAGUAUGGCUGGCCUCAGUCAAUCGAACAGGUCUGCAAGAUCGAGUAAGUAAAUGUUUAUUUCGCUUUCAUUAACUUUGAUAUUGUCUGUUGGGAGAAGGUGGUUUAGGUGCGUUGGCUGGGUAAUUCAAAAUUGAGAUUUUGUGUUUCCACUUUGGCAAUAACCAUUCUGUUUACACUUGGGGGAUGUAAGUAUGGUCUCAUGGUAAUGCAUGAUUUUAUGCUUCAAGAUGUUUUGUUUUUUUUCAUAUGUUUUCUGUGUUAGUAACUCUGUUGUUUUGGUUAUCACAGUUAUUGUUUUUAUGUUACCACUGUGUUCCACAUAAUCCUCGCAUUGCUUGCUCACAUGCAUACGGUAUGAUGUUUGAUGUAUAGUAAAAAUCGUAUUUACAGUCAGAAAAUGGCUCAACUGCUUCACUGUUUAAAAUGACAAGUGGUCAUGUCUCUCAAGGCAAUCAAAAGCUGAAGAGUUUUCUUUUUCGAGACUUUUUCAGAUGCUCCAUCUUCGACCUGAAGGUCAGUGGCCAUAGGGUAAAAAUAAGAAGAGCUGACACAUCUGCAGAGAGGUUUCUGAACAGGAGGAGGGGAAUGGCUGCUUCUUCGGCAGCCUAAUCGUGGACGAUCACAAGAUUGAAAACAACGAAUAACCUGUGUAUUUCCGUUGGGAAACAGUAAACCUGGUUGAUCCUCAAGCCAUACAAAGACAUGCUUUCAUUAUGACCAUCGAUCCUCAAGAAAAGCGUUUCCCUCAGUUAAUGAAGACGAAGUCGGUAUAAAAAAAAAUACCCGAUUAUCUUCUGUGUUCACUGACCACGCGGAUAGUUCAGUGCUGUUUCUUCAAAAUGAAAGAGGAAUGCCUAUCAAAUGGGUUAGAGUCUGAGCAAGAGGAGAGAUUACAACAAGGCGCUUUUGCCAAGAAUUUCCACCUCCAAAGAAGGCAAAAGACAGUUUUAUUUGUUCAGCACCACCAGUAGACAUAGUUAGUUAUUUCUUACGAGUUCUUAACAGUUGUGCAUAAAGUAAAUACUGUGGCUGGUGAAGAAAUUUGUAAGCGGUGCGUUAAGGGCAAUCUGAUUUCCAGAUUAGAUUUGCGAUCAUGGCAGUCAUGAAAAAGGCCUUUAAUCAAAAGAAAAGAAAAAUUGAGAUUCUACUUUACGAUUUGUUUUGUUUCAAAAUCUGCCGGUCCUGCCAAUUGUUAGGGGUAAUAAUACAUAUUGUCUCAAAAUAAAGACUAAGUAUUUUUUGUAAAUAACUUAUUUGGUCGUUUGGGAAUAGAUACAACCCCCUGGAAGUAAUGGAAAAAGUUCUUUCUCUUUGUUUUACUCACCAUGGCAUCUAUUUAUGAAAAUGCCUGCUUUGAAGUACAGUAUAUAUAUAUAUAUAUA